AUGCUCGCUCUACAGUGGAGCAGUCUACCAAUUUAUAUUGAAAGCGACAGUUUGGAAGCAGUGAACAUGGUGAAAAGUGGAGAUACAAAUAGAUCAAAAUAUGCCUUUCUUAUUAGAGAGAUUAAAGAUAGUAUGUCCGAACGUAGUUCUUGUAUUACUCAUAUCUAUCGUAGUUGUAAUAAUUCUAGUCAUGUUUUGGCCAACUUUGGGAGGACUCAAGGCCGAAUCGCUGUAUGGCUUGGGUCAGGACCAGAUGCCGUUUUGGACGCUGUUAAGCGUGACUGUAACCGUGUUUUGAUUGAGUAA